UUGCCGCUGCCGCGCGGCUUCGGGCCGCCGCCUUCGCCCGCCUUCGCCGAGAGCGGCAGCAGCGACUCGGAGUCCAGCUGCUGCUCCGGCCGCGCCGCGCACGACUCGGACUGCGGCUCCAGCCCUUCCAGCUCCAGCGAGGGCAGCUCGGAGGAGGAGGACGAGGAGGAGGAGGACGAGGAGGGCAGCGGCGGCUCGGACUCCAGCGAGGGCAGCUCGGAGGAGGAGGAGGAAGAGGAGGAGGAGGAGGAGGAGGAGGAAGAGGAGGAGGAGGAGGAGGACAGCACCUCGGACUCCGACUCCAGCUCGGUCUCCAGCCAGGUCUCGGUGCAGAGCAUCCGCUUCAGGCGCACCAGCUUCUGCAGCCCGCCCGCCGUGGUGCACGCCAACUUCUUGUACCAUCUGGCCGCCGCCGCCGCCCCCCGGCCCCCGGCCCCGGCCCCGACGGAUCCCGGCGGGCCACCCGCCCUCCGCCGCGCCGCGGGCUGCGUGAAGCCGGAGCUGCCCGAGGAGUGGGGCCGGCCCGGCUGGGGCCCAGCGCUGCGCUGCCCCGGCGGCCCUGGGAGCUGCUUCGCAGAGAUAAGGGAGCGGAGGGCGGCCGAGAUCACAUUCCCACACUCUGAAUUUCCCAAUAACGCCAAGAGUACUGACCUAACAAUUAACUGCGUUGCAAAGGGGGCCUCUUCACCUAGCCCAAAGACAAACAAUGCAUUUCCACAACAAAGAAUACUCAGAGAGGCAAGGAAAUGCCUUCCAGCAACUACUACACACUGUGCAGAUAACAAUACAAUAGCUGCUAGGAUCUUAAAUAAUGAUUCUUCAUCAGCGGCUGCGAAUUCCGAAAAAGAUUCCCAAAUCCCUCAUUGUAUUGAAUUUGCCACGGAUUUGCCCUCGUUACGGACCGACCCCGCGGAGGACGCCGCCUCUCCGGGGGCCGCGGAGCCGCGGAGCGCUGAGCCGGGGGUCGAGGCGCUGCCCUUCCCGCACCGCGUCCGCAUCAAAACCGAGGAGGAGGCGAGCGGUGAGGACGGGCCCGACCCUCCGCCUCAGGAGCUGCGGUGUGAGUGCAAUCAUCCCGAGGAGGAGCGUCGCGGCGUGACGGAGGGCAGCGAGCAGGACGCUUUAGGAACGGCCAGGGAGGAUUCUGCAUGCACUGAGAAAGAAACCACUUCCUUCCCCCCGCUGACUCAGAGUCAGGGCCUCUCAUGCACUUUAGGUACUCCAAAACCUGAGGAUGGGGAGUAUAAAUUUGGAGCGAGGGUAAGAAAGAACUACAGGACGCUGGUUCUGGGCAAGCGGCCCGCGCUGCAGCCUCCUCCGCUGAAACCAAAUCUGAAAUCGGCGCGGAGCCCGCGGCCCGCAGGUAAAGCCGAGCCCGAAGGAACACUGGACGAUCUCACGGCCAACAAUAGGCGCAGGAGGGUAGCCGGCAAUGUAGCAUCAGCGGUGAAAAGGCCGUUUAAUUUCAUGGCAAAUUUUCCCUGUCCACCGUCGCUAAUUAUUGGCCAUGACGGGGAUUUGUUGCCAGCUUACUCCUUAAGCACCACUAAGGACUCGCAAGCACCUCACAGGGCCCAUCCCGUGUGGAAAUGGCAGCUGGGCGGCUCUGCAAUACCUCUCCCACCUAGCCACAAAUUCAGGAAAUUUAAUUAAUAAAAUACUUUGGAAAAUAUUUGCUGGAACCACCUCUCGGGCUGUGCGCUGCGUGAGCUCGGCAGGAAGGUUCGUGCGGCCCUUAACGCCGCGCAGCGCUCGCUGCUGGGAUCCGUCGUGUCGUUUGUGAAGACAGAACCCGGAUUACCAUUUUCUUCCCUUGUUCCAACAGUGGUUUUGGUUUGGUUUGUUUGGAUCUUUUUUUGUUGUUGUUGUUUUUCUUUUCUUUUCCUUUUUUUUUUUUUUUUUUUCCCUGUUACGUUUGGGUGUUUUUUGUUACAUUCCACAGAGUACUUCAGGCAAAGACUCAACUUAACUCAGUUACGCCGGUAGAGCUGGAACACUUUACUGUUUGAAUGCUAAUAAUGCACCAGUACCUCAAUUCAACUGCUGCAAAUAAAUGUCAAAAGGUUGAAUAAUAAAUACUAGAAUGAGCCAUUAAAUUUAUGCACUAGAUUUCGAA